CUUCGAGUUCUCACUUUGCAUCCCAGCUUGAACGAUUCAGACCCUAUUGCAUGCACAAUCCAACAUGCAUCACUAUCCGACGCGUCUCUCGAAUACAAGGCACUUUCUUACACCUGGGGCAAUAGCACUCUAACAAAGAAGAUUGAAUGGAAUGGCGGCAGGGAAUGGCAACUCGCUCUUGGGUACCUGCGGCUAAGACACGAGGACCGGCUGGUUUGUAUCGAUGCUAUUUGCAUCAAUCAGCUAGAUAUGGCAGAGAGAGCUUGUCAAGUUCGCAUUAGGGAUGAGGUUUACAGGCGCGCAUCCAAUAUUCUGGUGUAUCUUGGCGAA